AUGAUCAGUGGGAAUUCUGUGAAACUAGAUCGUAUUUGGAUCAAUAAUGAUUCGAAUAUAAUAAAUAAUAAUCAAAAUAUAUUAAAUUACUUUAAAUUACAUAGUCUUACAUUAUCGAAUAAUAUUACAAUAUCUAAUAUAUAUUUAGAAUUAGAAUUAAUUCAAAAGUUAGAUUAUGAAAAACAACGAAGUUAUUCAUUUCAAAUUGUAGCCGAUGAUGGUAUUUCAUCAAAUGAUCAUCAAUGUUAUCUUAAUGUAACUAUACUUGUAGAAGAUUGUAAUGAUCAUAUGCCAAUAUUUGAACAAUCUAUGUAUAUUGUAAAUGUAAGUGAAGAUACACCAAUAGAUCAAAUAAUUUUAAAAUUGAAUGCCAUUGAUGAGGAUGAACAUGAAAAUGGCAGGAUUAUUUAUAGUUUCAGUUCAUACACAGAUGAUAUGGAUGAGGAGAAAUUUUUCUAUAUUGAUUCGGAUACCGGUGAAAUUAGAUUACGUAAUCGUCUAGAUUAUCGACAAAAACCGCAACAUGUUUUGAAAGUAUUUGCCAAAAAUCCUGAAAAUACUACAUUAGGACAUUUAAAAUCUUCUCAGAUUAUUUCAGAAUUAUCGGUAACACAGAUUAUUGUAAAUGUAAUAGAUGUAAAUGAUCAUUUUCCUCGUGUUCGAGUCCUAUCUCCUACUGGUUCAAAAGAUUUGGAAAUAAUCGAAGAAUCACCACCUGGGCAAGAUAUAGGGAUUGUGGAAGUUUCAGAUGGAGAUACAGGAACUAAUGCUUUUGUUAAUUGUAAAAUAAUUAAUCAAACUAUGUCAGGUGUGCUACGUCUAAUUCCUAUCAACACUGAAGGUGUUCACCUAGGUUUAACAAGCUCUAAUCAUAAAUAUAAAAUAACAAUGGAAAAGCGAAUAGACAGAGAAGAAAAUGAUGUCAUAGAGUUUACUAUUUUGUGUCAUGAUGGUGGAAUUCCUUCGCUAACAACCACCCUUACACAACGUAUAAAAAUUAUUGAUAUCAAUGAUCAUGAUCCAAUUUGUGAACAGAAUGUUUACAAUGUUGAAAUUAUUGAAGAUUCCGAUCCAGAAAGAAGUAAAUCAAACUUUGAAAUUAUAACUAUUCAUGCCAGUGAUAAAGAUGAAGGUCAAAAUGCUAAAUUACGUUUUAGUCUUGACCAUGAAACUCCAACUUUUCUUUUAAACAUUGUCACAAUUGAUUCAAAUUCAGGUACUGUAAGUACGUUAGGAAAUUUAGAUCGUGAAAAAUUAAAUGAAUUCACCGUAACUAUUAUCUGUUCCGAUUAUGGUGAACCAAUAAGAACUAUUAAAAUUUUAAUUCAUGUAAAAGUUUUAGAUUAUAAUGAUAAUUCACCUGUUUAUUCUCAACCUUAUUUACAAUUUAAUAUUAAAGAAAAUAAUGCAAUUGGACAAUUAAUUGGUAAAUUUUAUGUUACAGAUAAAGAUUUAGGUAAAAAUGCUGAAUUAGACAUUUAUAUUGAAGAGAAUAUUGAACGACCUAAUAUGUAUUUAACAUCUCUAAAUAAUAAUUUGAAUAUACUUAAUGAUAUUGAACAAUUGAAUUCAUAUCCAUUACAUAGAAAUUAUUAUAAUGCUUUGACAACAAAUGAAACAUCAUAUGAAGUUAAAUUAUAUAUAGAAUCUGUAAUAGAUCGUGAAAAUCUUAUUACAAAAAGUACUAAUUAUAUAUCUAAAGCUUUAUCCAUUUAUGAAACAUUUGAAUAUGUCAAUCAUAAUUAUAAUAGAUUAUCACAAUUAACUAAUAAAACAAAUUAUUCUAUGUUAACACCAAUGAUUAUAUUGAUUGUACAUGCACAAGAUAAAGGGAUACCAAAAUUAUCUGAAACUAUUCAAAUACAUAUACAAAUCUUAGAUCAAAAUGAUAAUUCACCACGUUUUAUUUUUCCAAAUUCAACAAAUUUAAAUAGAACUAAAAUUUUUUUAUCUUAUAAGGAACCAAAAGGAUAUGCAUUUACACAAAUACAAGCUGUCGAUGAUGAUGCUGGUGAAAAUGGUACAAUCAUAUAUUUUAUACAUUCUGGUAACGAUGACAAUUAUUUUAUAUUAGAUCAAAAUACUGGAACACUUAGUAUCAAUAAAAAAAUUCCAUAUACUGCAAUAGGUGAACAUAUUUUAAAGAUAGAAGCAAGAGAUUGUGGACAACCAUAUCAUUUUACUAUAACAGAUUUCAUUAUAGAAAUUGAUGAUUCCACUUCAAAAGCUUAUUUAUCUAUGAAUUAUUAUCAUUUAAAUAAUGCUGAUGAAUUUAGUAGUUUUGGAUCAAGUGGAUAUAAAUUAAAUUUUUAUAUUGUUAUAGCUAUUAUUACAUCCGCUUGUAUUAUAUCAACUAUUCUGAUAUGUUCAGUAUUUAUCAUUUUACGUCGUUCUAAAAGAAAUAAUGUAUCACAUGAUAGAAAUCAAUCACAGAAUUAUGAUUUUUCUAGACCUUCUAAUAGUUAUCGAGUGAUUCAUUCAAUACCUGAUUGCUUAUCACAAUUUCCUAAUAUUGAGGGUCAAACAAGUUUGGAAUUAACAAAUUAUCCAAAUGGUAAACUAUUAUCAUCUCCUCAUCAAGAUUCAAUGUUUAGUAAAUGUUCCAAUAAGAAUAUAUCAACAGAAUACUGGGAUUAUAAUGAUUAUAAUAAUGAUAAUAAUCACAUGGAUAUAAAUACAAAUAAUAUGAACAGACAUAAUGAUCUAAUGGAUAAUCAAAAGAUUGAAAUAUAUAUCCCUUCAUGUCAAUACAUGAAAAUGAUGGAUUUAACAGAUGAGACCGAUUUAAAAUAUUCAUAUGAUGCACAUUCAAACUAUUUUGAUGAAACACAACAAAAAUUUAGUUUAAAAGCUUAUCAGAAUGAUGGAAUUAUUCAAUAA